UCAGUGUUUUGCUGGAAAAGACAUAUAAGCUGGUCUAUCCUUAUAAGACAAGGAAAUGGAACUUUCUAUAAUGGAGUAGAGGAUUGGAAAUAUUGGUGAAAAUGCGGAGCGACUUUCAAACAGCUGGCUGGAUGUUCGCCAUAUUGAAAAAUAUGUAGACCAAGGUAAAAGUGGAACAAGAGAAUUACUGUGGACCUGGGCACAGAAAAACAAGACCAUUGGUGAUCUUUUACAGAUUCUCCAGGAGAUGGGGCAUCAUCGAGCUAUCCAUUUAAUUACAAACCAUGGAGCAGACUUGACUCCUUCACAGACCAGACGACAGGAGCACAGAUUUCCAAACACAUCACCCAAGGAAACAACCAAUAUCACAGUGGAUAAUGUCCUUAUUCCUGAACAUAAUGAAAAAGGAACAUUGCUUAAAUCCUCCAUCAGCUUCCAAAACAUCAUAGAAGGAACCAAAAAUUUCCAUAAAGACUUUCUAAUUGGAGAAGGGGAGUUUUUUGAGGUUUACGGAGUGGAGAUACAAAACAGAACAUAUGCCGUUAAGUUAUUUAAACAGGAUAAGAAAAUGCAAUAUAAGAAACAUUGGAAAAGAUUUCUAUCUGAGCUUGAAGUUUUACUACUGUUUCAUCAUCCACACAUACUGGAGUUGGCUGCAUAUUUUACAGAGAUGGAGAAGUUCUGUCUGGUUUAUCCAUAUAUGAGAAACGGAACACUUUUCGACAGAUUGCACUGUAAAGGUAACACGGCCCCACUCUCCUGGCACACUCGAAUCAGCAUAUUAAUAGGAGUAUCCAAAGCCAUUCGAUACCUGCACAACACUCAACCUUGCUCUGUCAUCUGUGGCAGCAUUUCCAGGUAAGGAAUCCUAGAACUUUAGGUUAUACCUGAAAGUCUCUUCCAUCAC